CGCGGACUGUGAUGGCUUUCACCAUGCUGAGGUCGGUGCACGCCUUCUCCUACCCCGCGGACCUCAGCUCCGUGUCGGACGACGAGGAGGAGAACCGCAGCGAGAGCGACGGCAGCCCGGAGCAGAUGUACGGCUGCUGCGGGGCGCCGGCGGAGGGCUGCCGCUCGGGCGGCGUGGUGGUCCGGCAGCGCAACGUCGCCAACGCCCGGGAGCGGCACCGGACGCAGAACGUCAACACGGCCUUCACGGCGCUGCGGACUCUCAUCCCCACCGAGCCGGUGGACAGAAAACUGUCCAAAAUAGAAACGCUGCGCCUGGCCUCCAGCUACAUUUCGCACCUGGCCAACGUGCUGGUGGUCGGAGACGGCGGGGAGCCGUGCCUGAGCCCCGUCUACAAGGAGGUGAAAGGAGGCGGAGGAGAAGGCAAACAGCCCCGGACAAUCUGCACCUUCUGCCUCAGCAACCAACGAAAAGCGGUGAAGGACAGGCGAGACUGUGUGAAACUGCAUGGAAGCGGUGCGCGACAAAUAAGCCGACGAUGAAACAUGGAAUGGGAUUGAACCUUCUGUCAGAAGACACCUCGGGGAGACUUCCAGUUGCCUUCUACUGAGUCCAUAACCAUCUCUGCUCCACAGCACUCUCAUGGGCGACUCAGACUUUUUGGGAGUUUGGUUUUGUCGCAUAUACGUGAACUGAACAGAUUGGCCCCAAAUCUGUCUCCUGCAGAUACAGCAGUGCUGCACCACGUGCAUUCUGAAGCUUUACAUUGAAAUAUGUUGAAGAAGAAUCUUAGGAUAGUGAGAAGAUUCUAAGGCUUGUGGCUGCAGUAAGACUGAAUGAGGGUUUAAUUUAAAUGACAAACCUGUCUGUGCUGUUUUAAGGGCCAA